AUGUUGAAAUAUUUUACGAAAGAACAUUAUUCUAAUUUAUCUUCUGGGAAAAGAAAAUCAUUGAUGAUGGAAAUGGAUAUUAAAACAAGAAAAACUUUUAUAACAAGAGAGGAAUUUAAACAUAUUUUCAUUUUAGAUUCCAUCGAUGUAACAGCCGGAUUAUGUUUACUGAAUGUUUUUUUAUUUAUUUUAGGUGGGUUAACUAGAAAUAAAAAGAAAGGAGAUAUAACUAGGAAUUUACAAGGAGUUAUAUUUAUUAUAAGUUUAUUAUGUUAUUCUAUGCAGAAAUUUUUAAAAAUGUGUAUUGUAUCGGAUUCAUUUUUUUUUCUGCUACUCACUUUAUCUUGCAUUUGUCCAUUUUUAUUAUUAAAAUUAAACGGAAGUUUUAAUAGUAUUAUUUUUUUUUAUUUGAGUAUAAUAUUAUAUUUUACAAAGUAUCAUUUAAGAGUUUUAUUUAUUUUAGAUAUUUUUUUAAUAAUUAUAAUAUUUAUUAUAGAAAUUUCUAUAAGUUCAACUACAAUGGAUUUUUACAUGCUAAUAUUUUUAUCAUGCACUUUUUUCAUUAGUAUUAUAUUUUACAGAUAUUUAUAUUAUUUUUCUAAAACAAUUGCCAUUUCCUCUUCCCAACCAAAAAAAAUGAUACUAAUUUUUCCUUAUAUAAAUGAAUAUCAAGAAAUAUGUUUCCUAAAAUUAGCUGAUAUUCUUUUAGACUUAAAUAAUUAUAUUAAUAUAAAGUGGAAUUUAUUUUGUAAUAAUAUACCAAAAAUUAAUUUAAAAAACCAAACAGAAAUUCAAAAUCUAAAUAUUGUUUCUUCUAGAUUGUCAAAUAAAUUAUAUACAUUAAGAAAUCAAAAAAUGUUUCUUAAUUAUCCUCCAUAUUAUUGCCUUAAAGUGUUGUAUCACAAAAAAUUAUAUUUAGUUAGUUUGGCUAUCGAAAAAAAGAGAAAAAAAAUUAUGAGAUUAUACCCCAACUCAAAUAAAAAAAAUCUUUAUUUUUUAAUUGAAAUUAUAAAACUUCAAAGAAAUUUUUGUACUUUUGAAAACAAAAAUGAAAAAGAUUCAAAAGAUAAGAAAUUGGAUAAAAAAUCCGAUGAUACAAAAAUUACUAAAAAAGAAAAAAGAAAUUUUGAAAAGAAAAGUAUCAAAAAAAAGAAAAAAGAUAACAAAAAAAAAUUGGAUGUAAAUAAAACAGACAACUUACAAAAAAAAAACGAUAAAAAAGAAAAGGAAUCAUUUAAAUCACAUAAAAAAUAUUAUAACUUUAUUUCAAACAACAAUGAAAUUAAGGAUUUUUUUGAGUGUAAAAUUAAUUAUAAUUGUAAAGUAAAACAAAAAGAAGAACAUAAUAGAAACAAAAAAGAUAAAAAAAGGAAGAAUAAAAAAGAAAAAAAAAAAAAAAGAAAAAUUUUAGCAAACUUUAGAUAUAAAAGUUGGGAAUUUUAUAAAAUUCAUUCUACAAAAUUAAGAGAAUAUUCUUCAGAAGUUAUUAUAAAAGAAAAAGUAAAUGCAGAAAAAAAAAAAAAAAAAGACGUUGAUUUAUUUAGACAUAAAAAAAAAACUUCAAAACUAAGAAAUAAUUAUAUUAACACAUUGAGUGUAGAAAGAGGAAAAAUAAAAAAAUAUUUUAAUAAUUUAAAAUCAGAUGGACAUUUUUUUGAGUCUAAAUAUGUUAGCAUUUUAUCAAAGAAAGGAAAUAGUAUAGAUAGUGCAAAAUUAAAAGAGGAUGAACAAAAUUUAAAUGAUCAGAAAAAUAUGUUUUCACUAGAAAAUAUUAAUAACAUUAAGAAAAAAAAUAAAAAAAAAAGUUAUAAUAUAGAAAAGAUAAAAAAUAAUGAUAAUAUUAAUAUUAAAAGAAAUGUUUUAAAAAAAAGGUUUAAAAAUCUAGAAGAGCAUGGUGGACAAAUGUUCUAUGAUAAUAAAAUAGAUGAAGAAAUUAAUAAAAGGAAUAACAUAACUAAUAAGAAAAAUGUAUUAAAAAACAGUAACAAUGAUAAUAAUGAUUUUUCUUCUAUUACUUCUAAACAAAAUAAAUAUACACAAAAUAGUAUAAAAAGUUUUUUUGUAUUGGAUAAUAAAAAAGAAAUUAAUUUAAAUGAACAAAAUAAUAAAAAGUAUAUAUAUAAUACAACAAAAAUAUAUUACAAAUCACAUAAUGGAAAUAAUUCAAAAAAAAAUAAGCAAAUAUAUUUUAAUAAUUCGGAGCAAUAUAAAUCUACAUCUUUUAGUUCUUAUUAUAGUGAUAUAUCUGAAGGAAAAAUAGUUCUUAUAAAUUUUUCUUGUAUAUUUUACCUAUUUAUUAAUAAAAUUCAAUUAAUAUUAAGAUAUAUAGAAAAAAUUAAUUAUGUUGUUCAAAGUGCUAAUUUCAAAUCAGGAGUUUCACCUCAUAAAGAUAAUCUUUUAUCUUUUCUUGAUCAAAAAGUUGAGAGAUAUUAUUUAUUAUGGUCAAAUUCUUUUGAUUUAGUAUAUUAUGUACAAAAUUAUAUUUAUCAUAUUUUCUUAAUUCUGAUUUUUCACAUUUUUUGCAUUUUUAUAAGAAUAGCCCCAAUACAUAUGAGCCAUUCAUAUUUCCUCUUUAAAAUUAAUAGUUUUUUAAUAAUAUUUAUCUCAAGAUUUUUACUAUCUCUUGUAAUUAUUGCAAUUGUCAUUUCACCAAUAAUAAGAACCAUAUCUGUAAACCCACAAAAUAUUUUCAAAAUAAAAAUGUGUUUUUUUAUAUUAUCAAUUUUUAUUUUAUUAUUGUCAAUUUUAGAUUAUUUAUGGACAAUAUUUUUAGUCCAUAAAAAUUCAUGGAAUUUAGAGAAAAAUUCUUUGCUUAAAUUACAAAAAGCAUAUGAAUAUAGUAUAUUUUAUGAAGCUGAAUUUAUAUUAUUUGUCCCAAUAUUUUAUUUUUUAGUAAUGCACAGAUUAAAAAGUAUGUGGUUUAUAUAUAUUAUAUGGAUAUCCUUAAUAAAUAUAAUAUUUUGGGUUUAUAUAAGUGUUCCUUUAAUAGGUCUAAAAAUUAACAUCUCUCUGAUAGUUUUAAUUUUCAUGUGUAUAUUAUUUAUUAUCAGACCUUUUGAGAUUGUUAAAAGAGACAUAUUUUCAAAAUAUGUUUUACCAUAUAUAUUGUUUUUAGAUGAUAUUUUACAUUUUGUUAACAAUGAAAAAGAACUAAAAUAUUUAUAUUAA